AGUGGAGGCUGGCUCUAAGCUCUACCCACACCAGGUCGUAUGAAGCUUUUACUGAAUACAAGACUUUGCUGCCUCACUGUGGAUUAAAAGUUACGGUAAUUAGGUACAUUUCGUCAGAGAAUGUUAGAACUCUGUUUCCCAGAAUGAAUUUGGACUGCUGGUGACGUCAGCAGCGAAGAGGUGAAAGGGUGAUUUUCGUCCUGAUAUUUUUCUAGUAAGCUAACGUACAGCGGCUGCGGAGCCUGGAUUCAUUCACCAGCUAGUGUUGCUGAUUAUUUCCUUCUUCUAGAAUUCUUGUCAACCGGAGGCUUUUGUUAACCUCUGUGUUUACUGGGAGUUAUCGCAAUGUUAUCAUCCGUUCCCACCAGGCUUCUGACGCGAAGGUCGCGCAGCCUGUCACCGUGUAGUCGCGUGCUUCAAACUAGUGCUAGCAGCGGUGCCGCUAGCCAGGGCAUCCGCGAGACGUCGGCGGAGAGUAACCGAAACCCCAUCGUUUCCACGUCCCGGGUUUCCAGGAGAGGGAUUUUGUCAGAGGAGACCGCUGGCACUGGUGUGAAUCCAUCGGUGCAGUACCAUCACCUCGCACCAAGAUGGCUGUCAAGCCUAGAGAACCGCCGCAACUCGUGGGCUGCUUUGGCCAACAGGGGGCGCAAUAACAAUCAGUACUGGGAGAAGAGCGGAGCAGGUGGAGGCGCAAGCCGCGCAGGACUGGCCUCUGCCGGUGUGCUGUCUGCAGCAGCAGUGGCCUUUUGUCUGAGGAAAGACUCAGAUAGCAAAGGUGAUGCUCUUCUGGAGGCAGCAAGGACUAAUAACUCACAAGAUGUGGCCAGGCUAAUAAAAGAAGGUGUGGCCCCAAACCACCGCCAUCGCCUGGGUUGGACUGCUCUCAUGGUGGCUGCAAUGAACCGUCAGCACAGUGUGGUGAAGGUUCUUCUCGAAGCUGGCGCUGACCCGAAUGCCGGGGACGAGUUCAGCAACGUCUACGACACCUCACGGGAGAAAGGCAUCCACUCGCUGGAAGUCCUGGUGUCCCGAGAGGAUGAAUUCAGCAGCAGGCUAAGCAGCAGAGCUAGUUUCCGUGGCUGCACUGCGCUUCACUAUGCCACUCUGGCUGAUGAUCCACACGCAGUCCGCACGCUUCUGGAGGCUGGUGCCAAUCCCCUGCAGACCAAUGGUUUAGGACACACACCGCGAGCUUACGCCAAAGAAGGAGAAGUGAGCACAGUGCUGCAGGAGUGGGAGGGCAAGUUUAAAGAGUUGCAGGCUCAGCGGGAGGCGGCAGAAAGGAGGAGGUUCCCAUUAGAGAGGAGGCUGAAGGAGCACAUCAUCGGACAGGAAGGAGCCAUCAACACAGUGGCUUCAGCCAUCAGGAGAAAGGAAAACGGCUGGUAUGAUGAAGAGCAUCCCCUGGUCUUCCUCUUCCUCGGCUCAUCAGGAAUCGGGAAGACGGAGUUGGCCAAACAGGUGGCUCGGUACAUGCACAAAGACAUCAAAAAGGGUUUUAUCCGUAUGGACAUGUCUGAGUUCCAGGAGAAACACGAGGUGGCAAAGUUCAUCGGCUCCCCUCCAGGAUAUGUAGGUCACGAGGAGGGCGGUCAGCUGACCAAGCUGCUGAGGGCGUGUCCCAACGCCGUGGUUCUGUUUGAUGAGGUGGAUAAAGCUCAUCCAGAUGUUCUCACCAUCAUGCUGCAGCUGUUUGACGAGGGUCGUCUUACUGAUGGCAAAGGGAAAACUAUUGAAUGUAAAGACGCCAUCUUCAUCAUGACAUCCAAUGUUGCGAGCGAAGAGAUCGCUCAGCAUGGUCUGCAACUCCGACAGGAAGCUGAAGCGAUCAGUCGCAGGAAGCUGGCAGACAAUCUUGAGGACGUGCAGAAAAGCGACGACAUCAAAAUCUCCAGACAGUUCAAAGAAACUGUGAUUCGGCCGAUCCUGAAGGCUCAUUUCCGGAGGGACGAGUUUCUCGGGCGGAUCAAUGAAAUCGUGUACUUCCUGCCGUUUUGUCACUCCGAGCUGCUCCAGCUGGUCAGCAAAGAGCUCAGCUUCUGGGCCAAAAAGGCCAAGCAGCGCCAUGACAUCACUCUUCAGUGGGAUCGGCCGGUGCUGGACCUGCUGGCAGGAGGAUACAACCUGCACUAUGGAGCUCGCUCCAUCAAACAUGAGGUUGAGCGGCGCGUCGUCAACCAGCUAGCUGCAGCGUACGAGCAGGAGCUGCUGCCCAAAGGCUGCACGCUGCGUCUGUGUGUCCAAUCAGACGGCCAGGAAGAGCGAGGAGCGCCCAGUCUGCGCCUGGAGGUGGUGGGAGAGGACAGCUCGUCUAGAACACUGGACAUUCGUCCUCCACUCAAUCCUGAACACUAACAUACAACAGCUCCCUCAUCAUCAUCAUCACUGAUGUCCAGUCAGAGGUGGAUAGAUGCUUUGAAUAAAAAUACCUGUGAAAACACAACAUCACUGCCUCUAUUUCAGUUAACAUGUGCAGUCAAAACACGCUAAAGGCUCCACAACACGCAGGACGGCGUCGUCCUGCCAAAUCAGAAACUCCAAACCUCGUUUCAUCUGUGAUGGACAGACCUGUCUCACUCUGAGGACAGGUCCGCUUCAGCCCUACGACCACAAACCACCCCGCUUCAGUGUGUCGCUGUUACACAGAGAUAGCUUUAUUUAGAGGAUAAAUAAAUGAAUAUUUAUUAAGCAGACUGCAGGAGUGUACAUAGCUACUUUAGAGCAAGAAACAUCUACAAAUGAUUCUGAUUAUGCUGAACUUUGUUGUGAAUGAUUUGUGUUUUGCCACAAAUCCCUUACAGACAGUAGCAUGUGUUUAUGAAGACAACACUGGGAGCUAUGACCAGUAAAUGUUGUUUGUCUCACUUAUUUUUGUGUGUCAUUAAAAAUUUAAACACGUAAAGAAAAAAACAGUAUUUAAAAAGUUGCUUCAUAAAUGUUUGAACAGCUCGUUAAGAUGCUAAACGUCACAUUUUCACUCAUGCUGCAACCUUCAGUGUGAAAUAAAGCCGUCACCAUGAAAAGGACA